AACACUCAAGUCUUUUGACUCUACUUUCUCUUUUGUCACUCACAACAAAGAAAACACUAUUCUUGCCCGGCCUCCAUGCUCCAUUAGUUCACUCUACUUAUUGUCGACAACUGCAUUUCCCUUCUUAUUGUACUACUAGAAAAUUAAAACCCAAAAUGGAAUAUGGCAGGCUUGGAAAACCCAAGCCUAAAGAUCUCUCACGCCGAGAAAUACUCCCAAAAUAUGAAGAGAAUGUCACCUCUAGGCCCAAUCAAUGGUCCAAACUUAAAAUCCUACUCAUUAUCUCCACCAUUCUUAUAAUUGCAUCAGCAAUCUCCGCCACAGUUUUGGUUACAGUCCGAAAUAAAACGGGCGCCAGUACAGUGCGACACUUAAAGCCUAGCCAGGCAAUAUCAAGAACAUGUAGUCGUACUCGUUUCAAAACACUAUGUUUAAACUCAUUACAUGAAUUCCCCGAAGCACUCUCUGCCUCCAACGCCGACCUGGUUCACAUUUCCGUCAAUGUGACGCUCCAACGCUUCGGCAAAGCAUUUUACAUGGCUUCCGAAAUUAGUACCCUUGACAUGAACACGCGUACAAGGUCCGCUUACGAGGAUUGCCUUGAGCUGUUAGAAGAUUCAGUUUACCUCCUAUCCCGUUCCUUAACCUCCGUGUCCCCUAGCGGGAACAAUCACGACGUGCAGACGUGGCUAAGCGCCGCGCUCACAAAUCAGGACACGUGUGCGGAAGGUUUCGCUGAUGUCAGCGGGGUUGUCAAGGACCAAAUGAUGGCAAACUUAAAGGACUUGUCUCAAUUGGUUAGUAAUUGCUUAGCCAUUUACUCCGCCGCGAACGGUAACGAUGAUUUCGCUGGGGUGCCAAUACAGGAUCGACGGCGUAGAUUAAUGGGAUCAUAUGAUCGUGAUCGUGUUAGUACUGUUGUGUCGGUGAAAAAUCAUGACGAUUUUCCGAAAUGGUUGUCACGUAAAGACCGAAUGUUGCUAGACGCGCCAGUGUCGGUAAUUAAAGCAGAUAUAAUCGUGUCAAAAGAUGGUAACGGGACGUUUAAGACAAUAGCAGAGGCAAUUAAGAAGGUCCCAAAUUACAAUUCUCGAAGGAUAAUAAUUUACGUCAAGGCAGGAAGGUAUGAAGAAGAUAACCUGAAAAUAGGGAGGAAAAAGACGAAUGUCAUGUUCAUAGGUGACGGUAAGGGCAAGACGUUGAUAUCAGGUGGCAAAAGUAUAUCACAGAAUCUGACGACAUUCCAUACCGCUUCUUUCGCGGCAACUGGAGCUGGUUUCAUUGCAAGGGACAUAACAUUUGAAAAUUCGGCAGGACCAAGCAAGCAUCAAGCAGUUGCUCUUCGCGUUGGCGCUGAUCAUGCUGUGAUCUAUCGUUGCAACAUCAUCGGAUACCAAGACACUCUCUACGUGCACUCCCAGCGCCAAUUCUAUCGCGAGUGUGACAUUUAUGGGACAGUUGAUUUCAUCUUCGGUAAUGCAGCAGUGGUCCUCCAAAAAUGCAGCAUUUAUGCUCGAAAGCCUAUGGAUUUUCAAAAGAACACCAUCACUGCUCAAAACAGGAAAGAUCCUAAUCAAAACACUGGCAUUUCAAUCCACAAUUGCAAAAUCGUAGCUGCAUCCGACCUCGAGGCAUCUAAAGGGAGCUUCCCCACAUAUCUAGGACGACCAUGGAAGUUGUACUCGCGAACCGUUGUCAUGUUAUCUUACUUGGGUGAUCAUAUACACCCGCAUGGUUGGUUAGAGUGGAAUGCUACAUUCGCGCUUGAUACGUUGUAUUAUGGCGAGUAUAUGAAUUAUGGUCCGGGAGCAGCAUUGGGACAACGGGUGACUUGGCCUGGAUAUCGUGUGAUCAAUUCCACGGAAGAGGCCAGCAAAUUCACCGUAGCUCAGUUCAUUUUCGGAUCAUCGUGGUUGCCUUCAACAGGGGUGGCUUUCUUAGCAGGGUUGAAUACCUAAAUUAAUGGUUAUAAUGAACAUACUCCAAUAUGGAGUUUUAUGUAUUUGUGCAGUGGUAUAUGAAUAACGUAUAUAUGUACCAUUAAUAGUAUUCACUUCAAGUUACAAUAAUUAGGCCUCUAAAUUGAAUUUGCUCCAUUAUUGGUGAUCUGACUGAAGAAAUAUUCCAAAUUUCAGCUAUCAA